AUGGCGAUCUCUCUCAAUCUUCUUCAACUUCAACCAAAUCUAGCACGCCCCAAGUUCUUCCAAACAAACUCCCUCCCACCGAUGCCUUAUGUCAGACUUCCCCCGAGGUCCGCCGCCGUCAUGUCGCAGAUCACUCCCUCCUACUGGGCCGCCAUAAACGAAGAUAUCGAGGAUCAUCUCCGGCGGGUCAUUCCGGUCAAGGACCCAGUGGCGGUGUAUGAACCCUUGGGACAUUUCAUCUUCUCUGCCCCACGAAACUCCGCUCCUGCACUUUGUAUCGCCGCCUGCGAGCUCGUCGGCGGUCACCGUGAUCAGGCGAUGGCGGCGGCUACUGCGAUCCAACUCAUCUACGCUGCAACGUGCACUCAUGAAUACCCUCCACUGACGGCGCGUGGAAAACGCGCCUCCGUUGUUGACCGUGUGUACGGAUCCAACGUCCAGUUGAUGACUGGCGACGGAAUAACUCCGAUGGGGUUCGAGAUUUUGGCGGAAUCUUGCGACUGGAGCGAGAGGGGGUCGGAGCGGGUUAGACGAGUGAUGGUGGAAGUGGCACGAGCGAUGGGGACGGAGGGGUGGAUUGGGGGGCAAUUCAGGGGACUGGAGGAGGAGGCAACGGUGGAGGAAGUGAUAGAGAAGACGGAAGGUGGGUUACACGCGUGUGGGGGCGCGUGUGGAGCUAUAAUGGGAGGUGGAAAUGAAGAGGAAAUAGAAAAGAUGAGGAAAUAUGGGAAAUUGGUGGGGAUUGUUAAAGGAUUAACACAAAUUGUGUUUGGAGGGAAGGAAAAUGAGAGAAAGAGAGAGAAAAUUGAAGAGUUGAAGGUUUUGGCUUUCAAGGAAUUGGAAGGAUUCAAUGGAGAAAUGGUUCCUCAAAUUUACGGCUUCCUUGAUUUUGUGCGACUUUAG